AUGCUCGAACUCGCGAAAAUGAAAAGAAACCUUUUGCUCCUAUUCGAUCGUCCUCAUGAACCCAUUUACGUACCCAAGGGCGAAGAAAAAAUUAGCUUCGAUAUUCCAACAAAUUACUUGAAUAAUAGAUACCAACCAGUCGCUAAUGGAAUUUUGAGUCGCUUUAAUAAUGAAUCACAAUCAUCUGUUUCUAUAAAGCCAAUUUCUAUUCCUGAUUUAAGUCUACCAUUAUCGCUUAGUCGUCGCGAUAAUUUUUCAUUAUUUAUACCAUCGCAUAGAAAAAUGUCUGGUCAACUGACUGACAUGUUUUUGGGUAUGCGAACCGUCGAGGAUCUAUUGUCUCUUGCUGUUUACUGCCGCGAUCGAAUGAACGCGCAGAUGUUCGUCUACGCAUUGUCGGUCGCCAUUUUACAUCGCCCGGAUACCAAAAAUCUUCCGAUUCCGCAAUUGAGCGAAAUCUUCCCCGACAAGUAUAUGGAUGGCUCUAUCUUCCAUCGAGCUAAGGAGGAAGCUAACGUCGUACCUAUUGGCUCACGCACUCCCAUCGAAAUCCCUCUGGAGCUGACGGCGACCGACGCUGAUCCCGAGCAUCGCGUUGCUUAUUGGCGCGAAGAUAUUGGAAUUAAUCUCCAUCAUUGGCAUUGGCAUCUUGUCUAUCCGUUUGAUGGACCUUCUAUCGCAGUCAACAAAGACAGACGCGGCGAGCUCUUUUAUUACAUGCACCAUCAAAUAAUGGCCAGAUAUAAUACGGAACGUCUCUGCAAUAACUUGCCACGUGUGCGCCGUCUAUUGAACCUACGCGAGCCCAUACCCGAAGCUUACUUUCCAAAGUUGGAUCAGAUGGUGGCUGGACGCGCUUGGCCUGCUCGGCCAGCUGGAUUCACCCUGUCGGAUAUCGACAGAAACGCCGACCAGCUGAGGUUCGAUCUAUCGGAUCUCGAGCGCUAUAGAGAUCGAAUAAUAGAGGCCGUCCAUACGCAGUCAGUGCGUACCGAUCAGGGCGGUAUUAUACAAUUGGAUGAAGUCACGGGUAUUGACAUACUUGGUAACAUCAUGGAAGCUAGCAUUCUCAGUCCAGAUAGAACGUAUUAUGGUGAUUUACAUAAUUUGGGUCACGUAGCAAUUUCGUUUUGCCACGAUCCUGAUAAUCGUUAUCUGGAGAAUUUCGGCGUUAUGGGUGACUCGACAACGGCUAUGAGAGAUCCCAUUUUCUACAGAUGGCACGCAUUUAUCAAUAGUAUCUUCACGCAGUUCAAAGAUAGUUUACCGGCUUAUACUAGUCAACAGCUUUCGUUUCCAGGAGUCACGGUAACAGACUGCCGCAUUAACACUCCAAGAGCUAAUCCUAAUACACUAAGCUGUCACUGGAAAAAAAGUGACAUUGACUUAUCGCGUGGCUUGGAUUUUACUCCCCGAGGAUCAAUUAUGGCUCGCAUACAACAUCUCGAUCACGAUGAAUUUUCAUACAGCAUCACUGUGAAUAACUCGAAUGACGGAGAUGUGACUGGAAAUGUACGAAUUUUCAUGGCGCCCAAAUUUGAUGAAACCGGCCAUCACUUCAAUUUCAAUGAGCAAAGGAAGCUUAUGAUUGAAAUGGAUAAGUUUGUCGCUAAAUUGAAACGAGGGCAAAAUAUAAUAUCGAGAAAGUCGGUAGAAUCCUCGUUAACUAUUCCUUUUGAAGCGACAUUCCGAAAUUUGGACCGAAAUCGGCCAAAUGAACAGGAUCUUCAAAAUUUUGAUAAUUUCAAUUUCUGUGGUUGUGGAUGGCCACAACACAUGCUUGUGCCUAAGGGCACAAAACAAGGUUACCCCAUGGAUAUGUUCGUCAUGAUUUCCAACUACGAAUUGGAUAGGGUGAUGCAAGCGGAGCCAAGUGGUUGUUACGAUGGAAUCAGCUUCUGUGGAUUAAGAGACUUAAAGUAUCCAGAUGUGCGCCCUAUGGGUUUUCCAUUUGAUCGAAUCGGACAAAAUACAGUAGGGAUGUUAAAUGAUUUCCUUAUACCUAAUAUGAAUGUACAGCAAAUUACAAUUAGAUUUUCGGAGUUUAUAAAAUCCUAAUUGGUAAGUGAUGUAAAUAUUAUUUUAUAUUUUGAAUGCUUAAAAUAAUAUCAGAUAAUUAAUGUUGUAAUUGUUAUACAUGCUCUACUUAUAUCAUAUAUUUAUUCCAGAAUAAUUUAAAACUUUUGAUAUCAAAAUAUCAUCCAUUAAUAAUUAUCAAGGGGCUAUAAAGAUUGAUUACAUGAUUUUAUGUGUAUCGAAAAUAAUCCCAAUUACUUACAAUAUUAAUUAUUAUUUCUCUCAUAUUAAGUUCAGCGUAGAACAUAAAGUGCUUGAUAAUAAAUUUAAUCAUAGAAUUUAAGCAUACGAUAUUUGAUUUAUAAAAGUUAUAUACUUUUUAAAUUUUGAAAAACUCCAUUCUUUCAGAACACUUAAUUACUCAGAUUUUCAGAUUGGUUAUUGCAACUUAAUAUAUAUGUAAUUAAAAGAUAACCGGAGAUUCACGAAACUUAAUCGUAUAAGGGUGUGAAGAUAAAUAGUGCAUAAUAAUUUUUCUCUUCAAUUUUAUAACGUCAAUUAAUUAAUGUUUUGAGUAAGUAGUU